CCCGGAUGCUGAUGCGCGCAAAGCGAAUCACUUGUGAAUCUUUAGCCCUGGGAAGAUGCCACUGCCCUGUCAGCGGGUUGACAUCGCGGAUCCCAGAUUGACAGAUUCGAGACGACCGUUGGGAUUUCCGAGACGGGGAAUCCCCAUCAUCGGUCGGCCGCCGGCAUACACGUAUGCGGUCUGCGCCACACUGCGAGCAAGCCGGCCGCGAUGCAGUGCGAUGUUACCCCGAGCCUCAAGGCGGACCUGUACCUAUUGUCGUGCCCUUUGUUCGGGACGGAUGGAGAUGCAGUGGCAGGCAUACUACUACGCAGUACGGAUAGAAGAAAGUUUAGAUCGGACCCCUGGUCCUCUCCAUACCAAUACUACCGAAACGGCCACCGUGAUCAAGGCAAUCGUCGUAUACCGAUAUUUCCAACAAAUCAGACCCACGGAAUGGCCGCUCCCUCGAUCCAUGGCGACCCGGGACAACGCACAUGGGCAUUGCAAAUGGGGCGGGAACCAUUGGCGGCCUGGCCGAGAAGUUGGUUCAAGUGUUUAUUCGCGAUGGGUACGGUAAAGGUUUACUGGUCGUAGCUUUUGCCGCCCGGGGUGCAGAGUGGAAUGAAUGCUGGGAGAGUUUGUGCGGCGCCCAGUAACAAUUGAUGGGUUUGGUGGCUGGUACCGGAGCCACAGAGAAGAUGGCGAUGGCGCCUUCCACGACGGUGGCUCAAACUGAAACCAGUGGUUGGUUCGUUGACUGUGUGGACGUCGCAUCCAGAGAGGACAAGACAACACA